GGCCUUCCUAUGCCUUUCUGCUGUUUGCCGACGGCGCCAUUUUGUUUGUGAGGCGCCUGGUUGUAGUUGGCGCGGUCUUGUCCAUCCGUUGCCAUCCAUCCGUAGCCUGGCCGUCUAUUUCUAGGGAGUGACCCCAGGGGCCUCGCCCCACUAUGAGAGCUAAGUGGCGAAAGAAGCGAAUGCGCAGGCUGAAGCGCAAAAGGAGAAAGAUGAGGCAGAGGUCCAAGUAGACAUCAUUCACAGUGCUACUGAAGCUGCAAACAGCGUGGAAGGGUGGAGCCUUGGGAAGCCGACUUCCAGAUAAUGCCUUCUCUUUGCUGCUGCUAGAAGACUGCUUGCCCUAUCUUCAGGAGAUUCCAUCUUCAAGCCUGGGAGCAGUGAUCCUUCGAGGAUGGCAUCCCUGAGCUUUACUAUUCUGGACUGAUCUUGUCCUUGGUGGCUUGAUGUAGCAACUGUAUCAAAUAAAAACCCCUUUUUGGGGGAAUUCUACAUGUUUUUUUCUUAUGAUUUUUCAGUAAAAAGAUUUUGAAAUUAUGGUGACACAAAUGUGUCUAGGUGAUUUCAGUUUCACUUUGGGAAAAUUCAUUUAUGGUUUUUUAAUUUCAUUUCUCAGUUUGGUAAACCAUUCUGUAAUGCAGCUGAUGGUUUUGAGUUGUGAUAAUUGUAUAAUAGAGUAAGAUAACAGUCUUAUGGUAUUCAGAUUUUUAAAAGAUGGUUUUGAAGGAAAGGCAUUCUGCUUAGAAUCUAACCAACACCAUUUCUUCAUUUAAAAAAGUCAGAACUUUCAGCUCUACAAGUUCCUGGGGGGUAUUUUAUACUAUACCUAAAGUAGAGGAAGCACACUUCUCUUAGAUUAUUCUGGAACCCAUGAAAUCUAUCCCAUAUUUUUUUCUAAGAUCAAAUGAGUUUAUGAUUAUUGCAGAACAGAUAAAUUGCAUUUAUUUGCUAUUCAAAAGUGAUAUGACUAGAAAACUUGAAGAGUGUGUUUUAUUGCUUGUUUCAGUUGCCUGAUUAUUCUUAUUAGGUAUAAUAUUUAUAAAAUUUAUUGGCUGCCUAUUUUAAAAGAUAACCAUGUGGCUUGCAGUCAUAAAAGAUAGAUACCUACACACACAGUGCAUGUAUUAAAAACAAAUUGUUUUAUUAUAGUAAUUGGUUCUGAUUUCUGAUCUCUCUGUGGAAGUACUGUAAUAUCCACUGUAAAGGAAUGAUGGUAACUUAGCGCUAGAAAACAAAGACUGGAUAAGUGACCCGAAGCCAAAUGCAGUAUAAUUGACCUAAGCCUACUUGGAUGUUACACUGAGAUUUCCUUAAAAGUUUGAUCUGUUGCACAAUUAUGCAUAUGAAUGAUUUCAAAGCCUAUGUCAUUUGAGAAAGAAUGUAUGGCUAUAAAAUGGUUUUAGAAAGCUUAGUGAUUUCCAAAAUGCUUCUAAAUCAUUUAUUGCAAACUUCCACUUUAGAAGGUAAGAACCAUUCAAUAGAAAAUUGUGCCAGUUUUGAGUUAUCAAAGCAUGCCAAUUUCAUAAUUAUUCAGUGGUGGGGUUUGGAAAGAGCGUUGUAAAUUUACUAAUGCUCAGGAAUGUAACAAAUUUUCUGUGAAGGGUCAUCACAUGGAAAACUGAUUUCCACUGCUAUAAACUAGUAUAAAUGCCUGGAAGUCACUAUCUUCCUUUCCAAAAAUAAUUGAUAAAUUUUUAGCUUUGUUAAAAAUUGGUUCAUAAAUAAAAACCACAAACUGCUACGGGGAGUACUUGCUUUUGGGGGUGAUCUCCCAAGUUCGAGUUAGUAAAGCUCUACUGAUGCUUUUUAUAGACAACGAUGGCUGCCCCAGAUAGGCUUUUAUAAAAGCUCCUAGGAAUACUGGACGUUCGUCUUUUUCCCGCGUUCCCCAUCCCCCCCCCACGGGCUCUUCCUUCCGCGACCAUGAUGAUCACACAUCGCAAUAACGACGCUGUCGCCCGUCGUUGGAUUUGGUUGCUGACAAAAAGCGAGAGUAGCAAGAAUUACUUUCCCUUAAAAGAUUGUAACCGAGCGCCAGCAGCAGGGAACAGUAUCCGCCGCCGGAGCUUUACGCGUAGAGUUUCCCGCCACGAAAAAGUCCGGAGUCGGUAACGGAGGCCGAGGAGGCCUGGUCAAAUUCGCCUCAAGUAACAGGGCGGAAGCGGAGGAAGAGAAACUCGUCGCUAUGGCAACCUUGACAGCCGGGAACUUCGGUCGACGGCCGGGCUGGAGAACGAAGCAUAGAGUACUUCCGGCGGCAGCGGCAAGAGGGGAGGAAAGACUGUGACCGGAAGGGGUUGCGCUUUGUUUGGAGCAAAAGAGGUCGGAGUGAGGGUCUUGGGGCCAUUCUGGAAUGCCUUUGAAAAAUUUAUAUCACAAAGCUGCUUGAGUGAAGGACGCAACCGUGACAAGAAGAUGCCUGACCGGGACACCUAUAACGGUAGCGGUAGUGAUGAGGCAAACGCCAAUGCCGACGACAUCUGCCGAGACUUCCUGCGCAACGUCUGCAAGCGGGGCAAACGUUGCCGUUUCCGCCACCCGGACAUCAACGAGGUGACCAACUUGGGGGUCAGCAAGAACGAGUUUAUCUUCUGCCACGACUUUCAGAACAAGGAGUGCGUCCGCAUCAAUUGCCGCUUUAUCCACGGCACCAAAGAGGACGAAGACUGCUACAAAAAGACCGGGGAGCUUCCCCCGCGCCUCCGCCAGAAAGUGGCCGCUGGACUUGGCCUGUCCCCGGCUGACCUCCCCAACAGCAAGGAAGAGGUUCCCAUCUGCCGAGAUUUUCUCAAGGGGGAUUGCCAACGUGGGGCCAAGUGCAAAUUCCAGCACUUGCAGCGGGAUUAUGAAUACGACGCCCGGGGCCUGACUACCCGGGAACAGGGUAUCACCACCCCUGUGCGUCGCUAUGACCCCUAUGACCCAAUGUAUGACUCUGACCGAUGCUAUGAUGACCACGACCCUGUGCUCAAAAGGAGGCGAGUGGACGGGCUCCACUUUGAAACGUAUGAGUACAACUUCACUAGUCCGCGCACGGUGGAAUAUCGUCUCCUGGAAGAAGAAAACAUCAUGCUCCGCAAACGGGUAGAGGACCUCAAAAAGCAGGUCAACAACCUCCUGGCCACCAACGAGGUCCUUUUGGAACAGAACGCCCAAUUCCGUAACCAAGCCAAAGUGAUGACUCUCAGCUCCCCGGCUACAGCCACCGAGCAGACUCUGGCUCCGACCGUGGGCACUGUGACCAACUAUAACCACAGCAUUGCCCAAACUCACACGACUCUGAGCAGCCAAGCCCUGCAGCCACGUCCCGUCUCCCAGCAGGAUUUGGUAGCCCCCGCUGGAGCGCAGGCAGCACCCCCGAGCAACGCAGCCCCUCCUAUGAACCCUGAAAUCACCCCGCUGUCAGCAGCUUUGGCUCAGACCAUUGCCCAGGGGAUGGCUCCCCCUGUAUCCAUGGCCCCCGUAGCUGUAUCGGUAGCGCCAGUGGCUGUGUCGAUGGCUCAGCCUCUGGGGGGCAUUACUAUGAGCCAUGCCACUACUCCCAUGGUGACCUACCCCAUAGCCUCCCAGAGUAUGAGAAUAACAGCCAUGCCUCACUAGCCCACGUGCCAUCGUUCAGUCUACCCCAUGCUGUUCCUAAGUCAAGGGCGGGCACAAAUCCUGUUGAAAGUCAAGGCAAAGAGAACGAUCCCAGAGGUGGAUCUUGAAGCCUCUGGAAAGUCCAUGGGGAAGGAUAAUAACCUGGGUUGGCAUUUUGUCUGAAGCAGGUUUAGGGGCUGUCCUUUCACAGUGAAAACAGAGCCCAGCCAUAACAGAAAAGCAAGCAACAAAAGCAUUUGGAAAGUACAGAGGUCUCAGAAGUUUUUUCUCUGUAUCUUAUUUCUGUUUUGCUGUUUGCCUGUUCUCCUUGUAAGUGCUCCAAUUAUGCUUUUGAGUCUAAGAACUGAGCAUAUUUUCCAGCCUGUGGAUUACAGAGUCUGUUGUGUGGCUGAGCAGAGGGGAAAUAACAGUUCCUUCCCUGGUACUGUACUUGUUCACAAAGUGAAGGACAAUUUCCCUUAGCUCGGUCUGACGAAAGGGCAGAGACUUCAUAAGCAGACCGAGCCAGCCUGAAUUUUUGCACUCUUUUUCUUGGUGUAGAAAGGCAGGGAUCCAGGCACCUGGAAUGUAACUAAUUUAAAUUGUAUUAGUUUAAUAGACAAUGAACUGGAAAAAGUUGCAGCAAACAGAACGUCCCUUCCUUUGGGGUAGAUUAGCUCUUAGUUCUGGAAAGAACAGGUUCAAAGCACGUACACAGCACUGAUAACUUGAUAGUUUGUGUAGUGGAGGCAAUUGCGUGUGUUUGCAUAUGUGUGUGAAUCCACACACCUCAUGGAUACACAACACCCACAUCGAUGGCAUCUCUUUACAGGAACGUUGAGGCUUUCAAAGAGUCCAGAGUUUAGUUGCAGGAUCUCUUGCUGCUAAAAAGCUGGAGUUCUGGUUGAAAUAGACAGGGAUAGGCCAUCGUGCAAACUCAGUUCAGCCCCUUUCUUCCACUUCUUGCCUCUUGCUUUCUGGCUUUAUUUGAUAUCUGAAUUCCCCUCACAUCCAAGGACUUUGUGGUAGAACCCCACCUGCUGUAUGUUACUUCACUUUUUGUUUUGUUUUUCAAGGCACCACUUUUUAAUUACAUAUAUAAAUAGAUUCUUUCCCUCAGUGUGAGUUUUUUGUUUUUUUCUGGGAGGUGGGAGGGUAUUUUUCUUUUUGUUUUUUGUUUUAAUGUGAACUUCAGCUCCUCCUUGAGUCUGAAGUAAUGGUAUUAAAACGAUUUGAAGGAAACGAGAAAAAUGUUUGAUGACCCAGCUAUUUCUACAGUUAACAGUGUAAAUGUUUUCAGCUAUUAAAACAAAUGUACAGUCCUCACCGAUAUUCAUCCCUGUAAUGAUUUUCUAAAUUAAAAA